CAAGUGUUGUCUCAAUAAAGUCUACUGAUGAUAUUUACAUUUGUAAGUAUUCCUAAAAUCCCUAAAACUUGAUCAAUCCCAACUAUCAACUAAUUUAAUUCUUUAUUGUGUAGAUGUACAUUUUGAUAUCAACUCUGAAGCUUCAAGAAUUUGAAAGAUAAAUGUUUUGUAUUCAAAAUGGCAACACUCAGUUUGAAAUAAAAUUGGGUUUUCAUCUUCUCCUCUGAAUAUACAACAAAUUGCUUUACAUCCUUACCGGAAAGGAUUACUAGCUAUCUACUCGGACCAGACUAGAAUAUCGUUUAUUGAACUUGAUCUUGAUAAUUUAGGUCUUAAAACUCACCUUACAUUUGACUGAAUCAAUAUUGCUGCUAAUUGAUUAAUGGAGACGUUAAUAAACCCAAAAAUAACAAGAGGGGAAGAUGCUAGGACUUAUUAUGCAUUAUACGAAGAGAGAUACUACCAAAUAUUUACAAGAUUAGUUAUUAACAGAGACGAUCAUGAUGUUUCACAAAUUGUGCAUUAUCGUAUUUAUUAUUACCAGGGGACAUUGAAAAAUAAUUUAGUUUUAACAAAAGAUAACAAGGCAAUAUGGGUUAUAUUUCAAGACACCCAUAGCUGGUUUGAUAUUAUAAAAUAUGAUACAACUAUGCAUGAAUUCAGAUUCAGAAAGAGAGUCGCAUUUAGUCAGCUUUAUAACUUUCGUAUAACUGAUCAAAGAGAUAUAUACAUUGCAAAUGUAAAAAACAAUCUUGAGGUAUAUACCUUUGAUUAUGAUCAUGGAGCCAUAGACAUUUUUGAUUCUUAUACUUUGAAUUUUGAUGUCUAUCCUAAUGUUCCUUAUUCUCUCAUUACUGGAUUAUCAUCAAAUCUUACUACAUUAAAUAUCAUGAAAUCUUCAUCAGUUGCGAUAUAUGACCCAAAUGUUGAUCUAUCACUAAAUCUUUCUCGAACUUAUGUGGAUGAUUUCAUAUUUAUUGACUCAGAAAAAGAUUUUAACAUAACAUCAGGGAAGCUUACAAUCACUCCUUUUUGACCACCUCUCUCUAUUAGCGGAAUUGGAAAAUUAAAUUAUGAUAUCAAGCAAUUAAAACCAAAUGAAGCUCUCGGAUAUACUCUCUCGGUUGAUCCUGAAACUGGAAAUCUUACUAUUCUCAGUCCAAAGAAUGCAAACAAUGAUAUAGUACAGUCUGAAUUUCUUAUAAGUACACACAAACAGCUUCCUACCCACAACUAUUCAUGGACGCACAACAUCAAAAUUACAGCAACACCAAACAAAGAGGUAUUUUCAAUGUUAAAAUAUCUUCAAAUUGGAACUUUUGUUAUUGGAAUAUUAAUAUCCUUCCUAUCUGCUUUAUUGGGAGGAUCUUUGAUCCAAGGAGUUUGGAUGGUCUUUAAUCAACAGAAAUUAUUGCUUCUCAUACUGCUUAUUGAUAUUUAUUUUGAUGCUGACAUUGAAUUCUUAAUCCAACAACAAAGUUUCGUAGUUAUGGACUUAGACUUUAUGAAUGGAUUUCUCCCUGACUUCAUCUUGUCUCCAUUCUUUAUUGAAGGAUUUAUGGACAAACCUCAGAGUUCAGAGUCUCUGAAAGGGAUUGGAUUUGAAACUCAAAGUGCCUUCAGAGAGUACUGGAAGUUAUUCCUUGGACUUUUUAUAUUAGUUAUUGUCCAUGCCAUUGCUGGCACUGUAAGGAAAGUAUGUCAAGUGUGGAAAAGAAAGAGAGCAAAUAAUAAAAUAAGAGCUGAAAUAGAGCUCGAAGGUGGGUCUAGUGAGGAAAGUAAGGGAGAAAUGGAUUCCAAGAAUCGACUAAACAAUUUUAAUGACGACAUAAGAGAUCUAAUCUACAGAAAUGAAGAGAGUUUAAACAGGCUUGAUACAGGAAUGGUUGGACAAUAUGAAAAUCAUAUUGAUGAUUCAGAUUUGCAGGAAGCCCACCACCUAAACUCCUCAAAUCCCAACUCCCAAGACCUCUCUUCCCUCGAAGAAGACAUCCGCCCCCAAAGAAUAAAAAAAGGCUGAUGCCUAUUAUGCUGUAGAUUAUCAUGUUCAUGGCUGUGGUCGAGGGCCACUGGGUUUUUUAAACCUGAAAUUUUUUGGUUCCUGUUUAUUAGAGGAAUGAUAGAGUCGUUCAUGGGGGUUAUGAUAGUGGCCAUGAGUGAAGUUAAGAUGGUGGUUGUAGGUGGGGAGGUGGAAUUGGUAUCUGUGAUGUGCUCUGUUGUGUUGUUGGGCGUGUAUUUUGGAUUUUAUUGAUUUGUGUGGUCAGUGUGAUUUUGUGAGUUUAUAAUGAGGUUUGAUCGAUCUCAAGAGGUUUGUCAGGUGCAAGGGGGUGAGGAUGAGGAAAAUGAGGAUCAGAAUCAAGAUAAUGAUCAGAUAAAAGAGCCUGUGUUUUAUGAAGAGUUGCUCACUCAUCUAUCAAAAGAGCCAUUCGUUGCUUUUCAUAUCCCUCUUGUAUUGACUAGGAUCUUUGUCUUUACAUUUUUGAUUGUUAUAUUUGAGAGUUUCCCAAAAGGAAUGUCAUGGUUCUUAUUCCUAAUCCUUCUCUUUUGUCAAUUUCUUUACCUACUCCAAACUUGGAUGUUUCCCAAAUUUGAAUGGUGGGUAUUGAACAGUAUUUACAAGAUAAAUGAGAGCUUCUUGUUUGUAUUCAUUCUGAUAUUUGGCCUAAUGAACCAUGAGAAUGAUUAUGAGGGAUACCUUUCAGCAUCAUUAAUAGUUCUUCUAAUAUUCUCAAACACAUCAAUAGUGAUCCUCCUUCAGUCGUGUGGAAAUUGUAUCCAAGGAUUCAAAAUCUACAAUCAAAUUGGUGAUUAUUUAAAACAAGAAAGCAAGCCAGAAAUCAAGAAGGCAGUGAAACCCAAGAAAAAAAGAAGAAAAGUAGUUGUGUUUGAUGUUGCAACCUUUGAAGUCCAACCAGAAGUUCCCCCAGAAACAAUGACAAUAAACCAAGAGACCAUGACAGAUAGGCCUAUAAAUGAGACUGAAAUCUUCCUAGAGCCUGCUAUAAACUCUCCAUUUAUUAUAAUGACACCUGAAAGAGAGCCAUACCUGAAAGCAUUUCCUGAUCACCAAUCAGAAGAAGUUAAACUAGAAGAAAUCUCAAAAGAAAACAUCGAAAGUGACAACUUCUCAUUAUCAGAAUCACACAAAGCCAGAAUGAGUCACAUAGGAUUAUGUACCAUCGAAGAAAUAGAGGACAUCAGCAUCCUCCCCCCUCCAGACUACAACGACGAGUACUACCCAACCAUGUUACGAAGGCCCUCUUCCCCAGAUUACACUGAAAAUUUCUCCCAGUCAUCCCCUCCAGAUUCCAAUUCAAAUUCCAAGACCUAAACUAAUUCCAAGUCAAAAUCCAAUUUCAAAAUAACUGGUUCUUA